AUGGUCGGACAGAGCAGCACCAAGCAGGCGACGGCGGCGGCGCCGGGGUCCGUCGCGCCGGGCGCGGGGUACGAGGGCGCGGCGCGGCUGCUCGACGCCCCGAACGUGAGCAACCCGGGUCCGGCGUGGGCCCUCGGGAAGGAAAACAAACAGUUGAGGUAUCCCGAUUGGUUUGAGGGGACCUGGGAGGUGCAGUGGACGCUGCGCGACGUGCAGAACCCCCGCGGACGCAAGUACAUCACGCGCAACACCCCCGGCGUCACGAAAGGGUCCAUGGCAGCUGGAGUGCCCGACAUCGGGGCGGGGCAGGGCGUCGUGACCUUCCGGCAGCGCUUUGUGCGCGAGGACAAGCCCCCCGGGGGAGUCGUGCUGGACCGCCCGUUCAGCGUCGCGUCCACGAUGGACGCCCACCUCGGGCCGAACACCGCGCGCUCCGUCGCGUACGACCCCGCCGCGGACCCCACGCGCCUCGCGGUGGUGUACGCCACCCCGCGCCGCGACGGCGGCACCGACCUGCGGAAGGCUGAGAUCUUCGUCAACAACCGCGGCGGGGGCAGCAGCGGCGAGACGUUCGCGUGGUUCGAGGCGUACCGGCAGGUGUCGCAGGCGGCGCGGCAGGGGGGGGUGGGGGACUAUUUGAUGGCGCAGGAGUGGACGCGGGGGAGUGACGGGGGGUCGGCGCGCGGGCGGCUGCGGUGCGCGUCGUUCCUGCAGCCGCAGGACGCGCUGUACUUCGAGGUCGGGAACGACGCCGUCGGGCUGUACGACUACGACGUCGCCGCCAGGAAGCUGUGA